AUGGGCAAGAUAAUCUUCUACGAGGGCAGGAACUUCGAGGGCCGCCACUAUGAGUGCAACAGCGACUGCUCGGACACACACACCCACUUCUCGCGCUGCAACUCCAUCCGGGUGGACAGCGGCUGCUGGGUGGCCUACGAGAAGCCCAACUACAGCGGGUACCAGUACAUGCUGACGCAGGGCAAGUACCCCAACCACCACCGCUGGGCCGGCUUCAACAACUGCAUCCGCUCCUGUCGCAUCAUCCCCUCUUACAGCGGAACGUACCGGCUGAAGAUCUUCGAGAGAUCGGACUUCGCCGGCAAGAUGAUGGACCUGCGUGACGACUGCCCCAACCUCAGCGACAGCUUCCAGAUGCGCAACAUCGCCUCGUGCAGCGUGGUGGAGGGCUACUGGAUCCUGCACGAGCACUCCCACUACCGCGGUCGCCAGUACAUCCUGCGGCCCGGUUCCUACAGCCACCACGGGGACUGGGGCAGCGUCACCGCCAGCGUGGGCUCUGUGCGUCGCGUCACAGAGCUCAAGCAAACCUAG